UGCAUCUAUCUGAUUUCAAGUGAGUAUGCAGGAUUCAAUUCAACUUUACGACAAGGAAAUAUCACUCAUCAUGAAUAUAUUCAGGUUGGGAAAGGCAGAGAUGUCGGUCUGAAUCAGAUUGCUACUUUUGAGGGUAAAGUUGCUGGUGGGAAUGGAGAACAAGUUUUGAGCAGAGAUAUAUAUCGGCUUGGACAGCUUUUUGACUUCUUUAGAAUGUUGUCUUUCUACUUCACAACUGUUGGCUUCUAUGUGUGUACAAUGAUGACUGUUCUAACAGUGUACAUAUUCUUGUAUGGAAGAGUGUAUCUGGCCCUCUCUGGACUUGAUUCGGCAAUUUCUCAUGAAGCUAAGAUUCUGGGCAACACUGCUCUUGAUGCUGCUUUAAAUGCUCAGUUCUUAGUCCAAAUUGGUGUUUUUACAGCAGUGCCAAUGAUAAUGGGCUUCAUAUUGGAAUUAGGAUUGCUGCAGGCCAUUUUUAGUUUCGUAAGCAUGCAGCUCCAAUUGUGUGCUGUAUUCUUCACGUUUUCUCUUGGAACCAGGACACACUAUUUUGGCCGCACAAUUCUUCAUGGCGGGGCAAAGUAUCGACCAACGGGAAGAGGCUUUGUUGUCAGUCACAUCAAGUUUGCUGAAAAUUAUAGGCUUUAUUCUCGGAGCCAUUUUGUGAAAGCGCUUGAAGUUGCACUUCUUCUCAUUGUCUACAUAGCUUACGGAUAUACUGAGGGUGGUGCAUCAUCUUUUAUCCUCCUCACUGUCAGCAGUUGGUUUCUUGUCAUAUCAUGGCUCUUUGCUCCUUAUAUUUUCAAUCCUUCUGGGUUUGAGUGGCAGAAGACUGUGGAGGACUUUGAUGAUUGGACUGCUUGGCUUCUUUAUAAAGGUGGAGUUGGGGUCAAGGGUGACCAUAGUUGGGAGUCCUGGUGGGAUGAAGAGCAGAGUCACAUCCGCACAGUAAGGGGACGCAUUUUGGAAACAAUUUUGAGCCUGAGAUUUUUAAUAUUUCAGUAUGGCAUUGUCUACAAGUUCAAUCUUACUGGUGAUGAUACAUCGCUAGCAAUAUAUGGAUAUUCAUGGGUUGUGCUCGCUAUCAUUGUCUUUAUAUUUAAGAUCUUCACCUUUAGGCCCGGAAAAUCAACGAACAUUGAGCUUUUUCUGAGGUUUAGCCAGGGCGUCAUAGCUAUAGGAGUCAUUGUGGCCAUUGUCCUAUUCGUCGCUCUCACAAAGCUGUCUAUUCCUGACCUAUUCGCAAGCUUGCUGGCCUUCUUACCAACUGGCUGGCUCAUUUUAUCACUUGCCAUCACAUGGAAAAGAUUGGUGAAAAGUUUAGGAUUAUGGGAAUCAGUGCGUGAGAUUGCACGCAUGUAUGAUGCCGGGAUGGGCAUGCUUAUUUUCGCUCCCAUCGCAUUCUUGUCUUGGUUCCCAUUCAUCUCCACCUUCCAAUCUCGUCUUCUGUUUAAUCAAGCCUUCAGCCGUGGGUUGGAGAUAUCCCUCAUUCUUGCAGGCAACAAGGCAAAUGUUCAGAGCUGAAGAAUUUCAGUUGCAAAUUGUGUGUAUCACCACCAUAUGUACAUGAAAGUUUUGUAUGUCAUAUCUAGCCAUUUGAACUUGCAGAUUUUUAUCAUUCUAUUUAUCUUGUCUUCCCAGGUGUUCUUAUCUUUCUCUUGUGUGCCCUGAUACUAGCCUUUACUAGUGGAUGUUGUUUCUGGGGAGGGCAUGAUGUUUUAUGACUGUUGCUCCAUUAAUUCAAGCUUCUCGUGUAUAUAAAAAUGUAUCCCUUUUUUUUAUCUUAUAUUUUUUGGUUC